AGGAUACAAACGCGAAGAAUUCCCGGAUGGGGCUCAUUUUUUUCUUCUCUUUUUCUUUUCUUUUUGUUUUCGGGGGUGAGUAUUAUUAUUCAGCGCCGCAUCUUACUGAAAUAUGCCAUAACCGUUACAUUUGGAAUUAGCUAACGGAGGGAGAGGGAGACCGCCGGUGUGGAGUGGUUUGUGUGUGUACGAGUACCGGUAUUGCGUGGGUGGAUGGGCUAAUGUGCAUCCCGCGCAUGAUUAACGUUAGACUACAGUCGCACCCCGCUAUGAUACGGGUAUGAUAUGAUAAAUUUUUUUACUAUGGUUAUUGCGUCACGGUAGCGGUCUGUAUGAUAAAAUUAGAGUAUUGCACUGAGCGAUACCCUACCGGUAUGGUACAGUAAUUUACAGUAUGAUACCCCUUCCAUCUCUUCGCAUCCCAAGUAAACCCCCCCACUAUUUUUUUGUUUUUCCACCCCCCCAUAACGUCCCGUAGCAAACAAACACAUUCUGGUAGGCUCUCUUUAACUGCGUACUCUGCUUCUGAGAUUCCCCUCAUCUUACUCCGCCCUCUCUCUCUACUUCUCCCCAGGUCUCUUGAAAUUUGCACAACACACGAUUUCUACUUCCACUUCCCACCUGAAAUUUCCUCGAGAUGUCGCUUUCUAAUAAGCUUGGUGUGUUUGAUCUUGUUUUAUAUUUUAUAACCCAUAUUUAAUUUUGUUUGGUGGGGUUAAUGGACGAACUGCUAAUGCGGUGGAUAACCCAUAGCUAUCACUGAUCUCGACCUUAAGGGGAAGAGAGUUCUUAUCCGUGUAUGUGCUAUAUUCCCACACCACCUAAUGCCUCUCACCGAGUGGAAAUUUCUAACGGAUGGAAAAUAGGUAGACUUCAACGUCCCUCUCGAGGGAACCACCAUCACCAAUAAUCAACGUAUUGUUGCGGCCUUGCCUACUAUCAAGCAUGCCCUCGAGUCGAAGGCUAAGUCCAUUGUGCUGAUGUCGCACUUGGGACGCCCUGAUGGAAAGAGGGUUGAAAAGUACUCCCUGGCACCGGUAGCCAGGGAACUGGAGAAAUUGCUUGGUGUCAAUGUCACCUUCUUGGACGACUGUGUUGGGCCGGAGGUUGAGGAGCGUGUUGCGAAGGCUACUGAUGGUUCGUUUCGUUCUCCCUAUUCUACCAUUUCUUCCCUCUCACCCUACUGGUUGAAGUGUCAGGAGAAGAUGUUAACUUGCGGGAUUUCGUAAAACCGAACAGGAGAGGUGAUUCUCCUCGAAAACCUCAGAUACCAUGCCGAGGAAGAGGGAAACUCCAAGGGGCCGGAUGGCAAGAAGGUCAAGGCAGAUCCAGAAAAGGUGAAGGAGUUUAGAAAAUCUUUGACCUCUUUGGGUGAUGUUUACAUCAGUUUGUUCCCUCAUUUCUUUAUCUUCAAGCAGCUUGGUUAGUUAAUUGCUCUUUUCUCUCUCCUUUCUUUCCUUCAAUAGAUGACGCUUUCGGCACUGCCCAUCGCGCUCACAGUUCCAUGGUUGGUAUCGACUUGUCGCAGAAGGCGUCCGGUUUCCUCGUGAAGAAGGAGUUGGAGUACUUUGCCAAGGCCCUCGAAUCUCCGGAACGCCCAUUCCUCGCUAUCCUCGGCGGUGCCAAAGUGUCCGACAAGAUCCAACUUAUUGAUAAUCUAAUUCCCAAGGUCGAUUCUUUGAUUAUUUGCGGUGGUAUGGCGUUCACUUUCAAAAAGACCCUUGAGGGUGUCAGGAUUGGUAAUUCCCUGUUCGAUGAGGAGGGUGCUAAGACGGUUGGUGAGGUUAUGGAGAAGGCGAGGAAGCAUGGUGUGGAGGUUGUCUUGCCUGUUGACUACAUCACUGCGGACAAGUUUGCAAAGGAUGCUCAAGUCGGGUAUGCUACUGAUGAGCAGGGCAUCCCCGAUGGGUGGAUGGGAUUGGACUGCGGGGAGAAGUCUGUUGAGAUGAACAGGGCUACCAUAGCUAAGGCUCGUACCAUCCUCUGGAACGGGUAUUUAAUUCUCCGCUCCCUAGAAAGGAUGCCUUGCUGAUCGCUACAGGCCCGCUGGUGUUUUCGAGUUUGACAACUUUGCAAAGGGAACCAAGGCUAUGUUGGAUGCAGCCGUCGAGGCUGCACAAUCUGGCAAGAUUGUCAUCAUUGGUGGUGGCGACACCGCAACUGUGGCUGCGAAGUAUGGUUCUGAGGAUAAGCUGAGCCAUGUCUCAACUGGCGGUGGAGCGUGAGUAGUCGGAUGUGCUCUUGUGUCAGUGGGGGGACGCGUGGCUAACAUGUGAUACAGUUCAUUGGAAUUGCUCGAAGGCAAGGUCCUUCCUGGUGUCUCUGCUCUCUCGGUAAGUCCUCUUGAAGUUUGAUCUGCAUGGUGAAAAACGGGCUGACCAGAUUGUAGAGUAA